UGGGCGGUGCUGCAGCUCCCGCCGGCCGGCUUCGUCCAGCUUUGUCCUGCGGCCCCUUUUCCAGGCCGUCCUGGCCGCGCCCAGCCCCCUCUCGCCAUGCCGCCCGCGGGGCCCAGCGGGACCGCGCCACUCGCUGCCGUCGUCCUGCUGGUGCUUGGGGCUCCUCUGGCGCUGGCGAGUGAAGACUGCUUGUGGUAUCUGGACCGGAAUGGCUCCUGGCAUCCGGGAUUUGACUGCGAGUUCUUCACCUUCUGCUGCGGGACCUGCUACCAGCGGUACUGCUGCAGGGACCUGACUUUACUCAUCACCGAGAGACAGCAGAAACACUGCCUGGCCUUCAGUCCCAAGACCAUAGCAGGCAUCGCCUCUGCUGUCAUCCUCUUUGUUGCUGUGGUUGCCACCACCAUCUGCUGCUUCCUCUGUUCGUGUUGUUACCUAUACCGAAGGCGCCAGCAGCUCCAGAGCACAUUUGAAGGCCAGGAGAUUCCUAUGACAGGCAUCCCAAUGCAGCCAGUAUACCAGUAUCCCUCAGACCCCAAAGCUGGUCCUGCACCUCCCCAGCCUGGUUUCAUGUACCCACCUAGUGGUCCUGCUCCUCAGUAUCCUCUCUACCCAGCUGGGCCUCCAAUCUACAACCCUGCAGCUCCUCCCCCCUAUAUGCCUCCACAGCCCUCUUACCCAGGACCCUGAAGAGACAGCUGUGGCUCUGCCGUCCCUUCCAUGAUGCCGAGUUUUUGGGAGAUUCCCUAUCCUGUAUCUGCCUCUAGCCCUGAGGGUGGGCAUGGGUCUUCUAGUCACCAGGCCCCAGGUCAAGCCAAGCCUUGGGCCCUGCUGAGGACAGAGCCCCAGAGAAGUGGAACGUGAGCUGAGCUGGAACCAGGCCGUGGAUGAGGGGUGGAUAGGGAGGGCAUGGGAUUCAUGAGCUAUUUUUGCUGGGAGACUGGGAGUAAGAUGAGAACCUGGGUCACAGUCUCUGUUUUCAAGUAGUCCCUCUGCUCCCAGGACCCCUAUCAGAAAGGUGAGGACCCUCCUAUUUGCCGAGUUUGGGCUGAGGUGGAGACAAGUGGGGGGCUCUAUCAACAGCUGGCCACAGCCCUUCCCUCUGGCUGCCCUAUUGGCCGGAGCUCAGGCCUCCUGGAUUAAAGCUGUAAUGAUAUAACUCCCCAGUGGAA